GAAUGAUGACAGUGAUGGAGCUGGAUAUCCUCUAUUCUCGUUUGUCGAUGAAAGCAUUUUCAAAAAGGAGUCUUUCUUCGGUAAACGCUUGAGGUGUGAGAGUUAGCGCUUCCAUUUUUAUGAACUUUUGAUUUCAACCGUUUCCUGUGUGUUACCAUUAUUUUCCUUUGGAAAUCCUAUCAUAUCUGCAAUGUAUUACGUACGUAGAGAGUAGCAGGAGUUCAAGUAUAAUUGAAGAUGAUACAAACAGGAUGUGUACUGACAUCCAGGAGGAUUGGAUAGACAAAACAAAAUAUUCCUUUUGUAUGAUCAGAACACAUACUACCCUCGAAACCAAUCUGCAUGUCCUCUUCCAGCCUUUAUCUCUCUACUGGAUAACUAUGAAAGUGAUACUGGUGAGCCUGAGACUGUAACCCUAGAUGAGGAAGCAGAAAACCACAAGUUUCUGGACUGCAUGCUUCGAAUGCCCGCCCUGAAGUUAUCAGUUAAAACAUAUGGUGGAGAGAUUGCACAUAAGUACCCAGUAGAGAAACAGCUCUCCCCAGAGGGAUUACUGGAAUUCAAGGAGCAGCUCUACCGUAUCUGGUUGGUGCUGUACGCCAGACGAGGAACUAGCAGGCCGGACUCCUCGGGGUUUGAGCAUGUCUUUGUCGGAGAUACCAGAGGGGGCCGCACAGUCUUCGGCUUUCAUAACUCGAUCCAGUUGUAUAUGCAAGUGAAUCUGGGAAACAGUGAUUAAAGGCUACACUACAGUGUGAAUGCAAAUUCUCCCCAGGUUAGAUUUCUUUUAAACUGGCAUGAUGAAUGUAUUUUUUGAUUAUCAUGUUGAAUCAGAUGUGCGACUUUGAUGAGUUGACAGUUAACAAUUCCAGAGUAUUCUUUAGAAAUUAUGUGAUAUACACUGCUCAAAAAAUAAA